AUGCUCCCUGCGGGAGCCCCGUUCCCCUCCUCCUCAGGUCCCCUCCCCAGCGGUGUGCUCUCUGCUCUUAUGGCCGCCUCCUCCGCCUCUGCUGCCGCUGCUUCUUCUGCUUCUGCUGCUGCGGUUGCAGCUGCCUCUGCUUCUCCUCCUGCUUCUGCUGCUGCCUCUGCUGCUCCCUCCGCUGCUGCCUCUGCUGCUGCCGCCCAGCUCUCUUCUGCUGGUCCUACGUCUGUGUCCCCUCCUCUAUUUCCCCCCAGCAUCAGCCCCCAUCCUUCCACACCAGCAUCAUCCCCCUCUCUCUCCCUCUCUGCAGCUGUGGCAGGCGGCACAGGUGCAUCUUUAGCAGCCGGCACAGCUACAGCUGUAGCAACCAGACCCAGUUCGGCUGUAGCAGGCAGUGCAACUGCAGCAGGGGGGCCGACUCGGCCUUUAGCAGUGGGGGCGGCAGGGGCUGUAGCAGGGGUGUCGGCAGGGGCUGUAGCAGGAAGAGCGAGUGGAGCUGUGAUGGGUGGGCCGGCAGGGACGGUGCUACCAGCCAGCCUAGCAGCAGCAGCUGUAGCGGCGAAUCUGCCCCCUGGCGCAUCUUCAAUCAGCCAGCUGUUGCAGAGACUGCCAGGCAUGACUGGAACAACACCCGCUACAGCUGCUACAGCUGCUACAGCCGCUGCAGGUGCUACAGGUGCUGCUACUUCUGCUGCUAACGCUGCAGCUGCAACUGUGUUUGGGUCUGGCGGGGGUCUGAGUGGCGCUAACAACAUGGGGAGCAUGGGUAUUGGUGGGGCUAACAGCAUGGGUAGCAUGGGGAUGAGCGGGCUUAACAGCACUGGUGGCAUGGGUAGUGCUGGGGCUAACAGCAUGGGUAGCAUGGGUAUGACUGGGCCUAACAGUCUAAAUAGCCUGUCCAGUUCUAGCAGCUUAGGUAACAGCAGCAGCAGCAGCAUGGGUGCUCUGAAUAGCCUCAGCGCCCUCUUUGCCUCCUCCUCCCUCCCUACAGUCACACAGCCUCCUGCGUCCCUCCUGGCCAAGCUAGCCCACGCAGGCGUGCCGCUAUCAGGUGUGCUUCAAACGGGGCUCUCCCAGUCCGUCCUCGCCCAAACGAACGUUCCUGUAACGAGCACCCCGCCAGCAGCAGGAGGGGGGGGAGGAGGAGGAGGGGGAGCAGGAGGGGGAGCAGGAGGAGGUGGAAGGAGCAACCGAGGCGGUAAUCUCCCUCCUCUUACUGGCUCUCCUGCUCCCUCGCUCCCCUUUCGCCCGUCCUCUCGAGGGGCGGGCUUUAACCCUGGUGCAGCUGCAAGCUCAGGAGCGAAUGCUGCGAGCGGUGGUCAGAACUUAACGAAUGUGAGUACUGCUUUUGAGUUGACUCAAAACUCGGGCUUUAACCCGGCUGCAGCUGCAAGCUCAGGAGCGAAUGCUGCCAGCAGUGGUCAGAACCUGACACAUGGCAGCAGUGCUGCCACGGCUGCUGCUGCUGCUGCUGCUGCUGCUUCCACUGCUUCAGCGGCAGCGCCUAUGGGUCCGAGGAACGAGCCCAUCAGGGCACAGUCGCCAUGGGCUCAGGGAAAGUCGGCACAGCAGCAACUCUCAUCCCUGCAACAGCAACAGCAGCAGCAGCAGCAGCAGCAGCAGCAGGGAAAGUUUGCUCAGCCACAGCGUCAGCAGCAUCAGCUGCAACACCCACAGCAAGCGCCGCAGCUCUCUGCUGCCUUCCCCAUCCCUCGCCGCGGAUCAAACCCCUCCCUCUCCGCCCACCCCUCCCUCUCCGCCCACCCCUCCGCCCACCCCUCCCUGCCAAAAACCCCUCUCUCCCGCCCCGCCUCUGGCCCUGACCUCCAUACCCCCCCUCUCCCCUCCUCUCUCCCCUCUAUUGCCUCUCUCCCGUCUCUCCCCUCUAUCCCUUCUCUCCCCUCGUUUGUGUCACGGCAUGAUAUGAAUCAGCCCCCUCCUGCUGCCCCGGGCAUGCCUCCUGUUAUAGCACCUCCCCCAGUCAACACCCGGCCGGAUGCCUCUUCAAAAGGGCAGGAGAAGUCGGAGAGAGGGGGCGGUGGUGGGGACUCAGGAGGAGAAGGAGGGGGACGGGGAUGGCUAGACUUGGAUUUAAAUGCUGGUCCGGAGGCAGGGGGGGAGGAGGAGGCGGAGGUGGAAGAACAUGGGGAGGUGGGGGAAAAGGAAGAGGUCGGGGGAAAGGGAGCGACGGAGGGGAAGGGGGAGGCGAGGGGAAAGGGGGAAGCAGGAGGAAGAGAGGAGGUAGGGGAAGGCGAGAAGGAGGUAGGGAGGGAGCGACAGCAGCAAGUGGGGAAGCUGGGAGGGCCUUUGGCAGAGGAGGGGAGUGGGAAAGAGGCACCAGCAGGAAGAGAAGAUGCGGUCUCUAAAGCAGAGCUUGUGGGGAGCGCUGCUGCUGGCACGAUAGGCAGUUGUGAGAGUAACUUGCCAGAGCAACUGGAGCAGAAGGAGCUUCACAAGCAAAUGCAAACAGCUGCGGCUGGUUCGGAAGCCACUGUAGCAGCGGUGCAGAUGGAGACACCUCAGGUCGCCCCUCAGGUUGCCCCUCAGGUUGCUUCGCAAGUUGCCCUUCAGGUUGCAUCUCAGGUUGCCCCUCAGGUUGCCUCUCAGGUUGCCCCUCAGGUUGCCUCUCAGGUUGCCCCUCAGGUUGCUUCGCAAGUUGCCCUUCAGGUUGCCCCUCAUUUUGCCCCUCAAGUUGCUCCCCAGGUUGCUUCUCAGGUGGAUCCGCAUUUAUCUCAGGAGCAGGUGAAGACUACGGGCGAGGGGGGGCGCAAGAGAAAGGCUCCUGAGGAUGGGUUAGAGGAGGGAGUGGUUGCUCCUCAGGUUGUUUCUCAGGUGGGUCCUCAGGCAGCUCAGGAGCAGGUGGGGACUGCGGGCGAGGGGGGGCGCAAGAGAAAGGCUCCUGACGAUGGAUUGGAGGAGGGAGUGGUUGCUAAGAGGAGGGAAGAGGAGAGAGGGGAACAGAACAAGAAAGAGGAGGAAGGGGAGGGGGAGAAGGAGAAGGAGAAGGAGAAUGAGGAGGAUAAGGAGAAGGAGAGGGAGAAGAGGAAGGAGAAGGAGAAGGAGAUGGAAAUUAAGUUGUUAAAAAGGCCACUGCCAGUAGCCCAGGCGUCUCAGGCUGUAGCACAGCAGGCUGUUGCAGGGGAGGCUGUAGCACCACAGGCUGUAGCAGAGGAGGCUGUAGCACUGCAGACUGUAGUACAACAGGCAGCACCACAGGCUGUAGCACCACAGGCUGUAGCACCACAGGCUGUUGCGGGGGAGGCUGUAGCACCACAGGCUGUAGCAGAGGAGGCUGUAGCACUGCAGGCUGUUGCAGGGGAGGCUGUAGCACCACUGGUUGUAGCAGAGGAGGCUGUAGCACCGCAGACUGUAGUACAACAGGCAGCACCACAGGUUGUAGCACCACAUACUGUAGCUCAACAUGCUGUAGCACCACCGGCUGUAGCACAGGCGGUUGUGGCACAGGGGGCUGCACCACAGGCUGUAGCACCACAGGCUGUAGCACCACAGGCUGUAGCACUACAGGCUGUAGCACUACAGGCUGGAACACCACAGGCUGUAGCACCACAGGCUGUAGCACCACAGGCUGGAACACCACAGGCCGCCGUAGCACAGGAGAUUGUAGCACAGGAGAUUGUAGCACAGGAGAUUGUAGCACAGGAGAUCGUAGCACAGGAGAUUGUAGCAGAAAAGACUGGAGAGGGGGCUGUUGCAGAGAAGAUUGCAGAGGGGGCUGUAGCAGAGAAGGCUGUUGAGGGGCCUAAGGCUGCAGAGGGGGCUGUAGCAGAGAAGGCUGUUGAGGGGCCUGAGGCUGCAGAGGGGGCUGUAGCAGAGAAGGCAGUUGAAAAGGCUGUAGCAGAGAAGGCUACAGAGGAAGUGAAAAUGUCAGGACGGAAAAGAGUAUGGCUAGACCUGGAGGAACCGGCUAAGGGGUUAGAGGAACCGGCUAGGGGGUUGGAGGAACCGGCUAAGGGGUUGGAGGAACCGGCUAGGGGGUUGGCGGAACCGGCUAGGGGGUUGGAGGAACUGGCUAAGGGGUUGGAGGAACCGGGUAAGGGGUUGGAGGAGGAAUGCGGAAGGGAUGACGGAGGGAAGGGGAAUGGAGGGAAGGAGAAAGUGGAUAAGGAGGAGGAGAGUGGAGGGAAGGAAGAGAGAGAAGAAAAGGAAGAGCGGAGAGAGCAGGAGAUAGUAGGGAAGGAAGAGAAGGAGACAUCAGGUAAAGAGGCUGUAGUGAAGGAAGAGAGGGGAGGGAAGGAGGAUAUGGAAGGGAAGGAUGAGAGAGGAGACAAGGAGGAAAUGAGAGGAAAGGAAGAGAGGAGAGAGAUGGAGGAGAGGGGAGGGAAGGAGGAGAAAGAAGGGAAGGAAGUGAGGGUAGAGAAGGAGACAGUAGGGAAUGAGAUAGUAGGGAAUGAGAUAGUAGGGAAGGAAGAGACGGGAGAGAAGGAGGAGAGGGAAGGGAAGGAGGAGAGUGGAGGGAAGGAAGUGAGGGGAGAGAAGGAGACAGUGGGGAACGAGAUAAUAGUAGGGAAGGAAGAUAAGGGAGAGAAGGAGGAGAGGGAAGGGAAGGAGGGGAGUGGAGGGAAGGAAGUGAGGGGAGAGAAGGAGACAGUGGGGAACGAGAUAAUAGUAGGGAAGGAAGAGACGGGAGAGAAGGAGGAGAGGGAAGGGCAGGAGGAGAGUGGAGAGAAGGAGAGGGGUGAAAAGGAUGAGACAUUAGGUAAGGAGGAAAGGGGAGGGAAGGAGACAGCAGGGAAGAAGGGAGUUAAGGAGGUAACAGUAGGGAAGGAAGAGAGGGGAGGGAAUGAGGAGAGGGGAGUGCGGAGAGUAGGUGUGAGUGUAGAGGGAGAAGGGAUGGGAGAAGGGAAGGGAGAAGGGAAGGAAGAAGGGAAGGAAGAAGGGAAGGGAGAAGGGAAGGGAGAAGGGAAGGGAGAAGGUGGAAUGCCUGAGAUGGUGGGUGGGGUCAAGGAGAGGGGAGAGGGGAGUGAAGAAGAGAAGAGUAGAGAGGAGGGCGAGAGUGGGAAGAGGAAAGAGGGGGAAGAAGGUGGGGAGAAGGAAGAGGGAGAGAGGGGGAAAAGGAGAGAGGGGGAAGAGAGCGGAUCGAGGAAAGAGGAGGGAGAGGGUAUUGGGGAGGCUUGUCAAGUUGAGAGGGUGGGAUUGAGGACAGAGAAAGAGCAGGUAGGUGGCGCAAGGGUAGGAGGGGGGAAGGAGCAGGAGGGUGGGGAGACGGCAGGGAAAGAGAUCGCUGAGGGUUUGGUGGUUGGGGAAAGGGCAGGAGGGGAGAAGGAGCAGGAGGGUGGGGAGAUGGCACGCUGUGAUGCAGGGAAAGAGUUUGUUACGGGUUUGGUGCAGAGGAGUGGUGUGCAGAGGAGUGGUGUGGAUUUUUCAGUGGUGCCUAGCACAGAGGUUCUUGUGGGGGGAAAGGCAGGCGUGGUGAAAGCAGGGAAGGUGGGAACAGGUGAGGAGAAGACAGGACAGGAGAAAUCUGGGGAGGCGAGAGCAGGGGGGGAGGAGAUGGGGGAGGAGGAAAUGGGGGAGGAGAAAUCAGAGAAGAAGGACGGGAAGGUGAACACAGGGGAGGAGAAGGAAAGGGUAUUACCUGAGGGAAUAGUUGGAGCGCCGGCAGAGAGAAGAGAGUUUGAGAAGUUACCAGGGAAGGACGGGAAGGAGGGUGCGGCACAGCUUGGCUCUAAACAGGCAGGUUCAUCUGAGGAGCAGGAAGUAGCAGAGGGUGCGGCGCAGGUGGACUCUGAACAGGCGGGUGCAUCUGAGAAGGGGUCUGCCGGUAGCAAGAUGGCUGUAGCAGUGAGAGUGGGUGAAGCUGUGAAGGAGGCUGGAGGUGCGAAGGAAGAAGCAGGGAAGGAGGGUGUGGCACAGCUUGAUUCUGAACAGCCAGGUUCAUCUGAGAAGGGGUCUGCCGGUAGCAAGAUGGCUGUAGCAGUGAGAGUGGGUGAAGCUGUGAAGGAGGCUGGAGGUGCGAAGGAAGAAGCAGGGAAGGAGGGUGUGGCACAGCUUGAUUCUGAACAGCCAGGUUCAUCUGAGAAGGGGUCUGCCGGUAGCAAGAUGGCUGUAGCAGUGAGAGUGGGUGAAGCUGUGAAGGAGGCUGGAGGUGCGAAGGAAGAAGCAGGGAAGGAGGGUGUGGCACAGCUUGAUUCUGAACAGCCAGGUUCAUCUGAGAAGGGGUCUGCUGGUAGCAAGAUGGCUGCAGCAGUGAGAGUGGGUGAAGCUGUGAAGAUGGUUGGAGGUGAGAGGAGAGAAGCAGAGAAGGAAGGUGCGAAACAGCCUGACCCAGAACAGGCGGGCUUAUUAGUGGAGGAGUCUGCAGGUGGGAAGGUGGUUGCAGCAGUGGGAGGUGGAGAUGAGAAAAUUGUUGCUCCAGAGAAGGUGGUUGGAGGUGCGAAGGGAGAAGCAGUAGGGAAGGAGGGUGCGGAACAAGAGGACCCAGAACAGGGCGGUUGGAUUAAGAAGCAGCCUGCCGAUGGGAAGGUGGUUGCAGCAGCGAGAGAAGGUGGAGGUGAGAUAACGGUUGGAGCAGAGAAGGUGGCUGGGGGUGUGAAGGGAGAAGCAGGGAAGGAGGUUGCAAUACAAGAGGACCCAGAACAGGUGCAAUCAUAUGAGAAUGAGCCGACAGGUGGGAAGGUGGAUGCAGCAGUGGGAGAAGGUGGAACAGAAAGAGCAGCAGGAGGUGCGAAGAUGGUUGGAGGUGAGAAUGGAGAAGCAGGGAAGGGAGGUGCUAAACAGCCUGACUCGGAACAGGCUGGUUCAUUAGAGGAGGAGUCUGCAGGUGGGAAGGUGGUUGCAGCAGUGGGAGCAGGUGGAGGUGAGAAAUCAGUUGAACCAGAGAAGGUGGUUGAGGGUGGGAAGGGAGAAGCAGCAGGGAAGAAGGGUGCAAAACAAGAGGACCCAGAACAGGCUGGUUCAUCUGAAAAGGAGUCUGCAGGUGGGAAGGUGACUGCAGCAACGAAGGUUGUUGGAGGUGUGAAGGAGGGUGGAGGUGCGAAGGGAGAGCCAGGGAAGGAGGGUGCAAUACAAGAAGUCUCAAAACAGGGGGGCUCAUCUGAAAAGGAGUCUGCAGGUGGGAAGGUGACUGCAGCAACGAAGGUUGUUGGAGGUGAGAAGGAAGAAGCAGAGGGUGCGGCACAACUGGACUCAGAACAGGCGGGUUCAUCUGAGAAAGGGGUUGCAUCUGGGAAGGUGGUUUCGGCAUCGGAGGUGGUUGGAGGUGCUAAGGAAGAAGCAGGGAAGGAGGGUGGGAAACAACUGGAGUCAGAACAGGCAGGUUCAUCUGAGAAGAAGCCUGCAGGUGGGGAGGCGAUUGCAGCAUCUGAUGUGGAGCUUGAAGGUGUGAAGGGAGAAGCAGGGAGGGAGGGUGCAAAACAACUGGACUCGGAACAGGCGGGUUCAUCUGAUGAGAAGGAGCGUGCAGGUGGGGAGGCCAUUGCCGUUGUGAGAAGCGGUGGAGCUGAGGAGGUUGUUGGAGGUGUGGAGGAAAGCGCAUCUGAGAAAGCACCUGAAAAAGCACCUGAAGGACCACCAGCUGGGAGGGGAGAUGCAGCUGGUAAAGAAACGGCACCAGGACAGGCACCUGUACCUGAGGAACGACCUGAGCCUGAGAGGGGGUUAGUGCCUGGAAAGCAGGUGGUGCGGGAGAAAGAAGCUCAGUCCGUGUUCCCAUCUGCUCCUGAGGAAACACCUGAAGCUGACGAGGGUAAGGCACCUGAUCUCGCAGCUGCAGGGGGGAAGGGGAUUCGACCUGAAGAACCACCUGAAUCUGUGCAACCACCUGAACCUGUGGAGCAACCUGAGUCUGUAAAUACACCUGAAGCUGAGGGAAAGCACGCUGGUGCAGAUAAGGUUGCCACAACAACUGACAAAGACCCUGCCUCUGUUGCAGCACCUGAGAAGAAGUGCCCACCUGGGGAAACACCUGAUGUGAUUAGUCUACUUGCAAAAACAUAUGAGGUGGAAGCAGGUGCUGCGUCAGGAGCUGUGACUGCUGGUGACUCAGUGGAUAUGGGAAAGGUGGAUAUGGGAAAGGUGGAUAUGGGAAAGGUGGAUAUGGGAAAGGUGGAUAUGGGGAAGGUGGAUAUGGGGAAGGUGGAUAUGGGGAAGGUGGAUACGGGGAAGGUGGAUAUGGGGAAGGUGGAUAUGGGGAAGGUGGAUAUGGGGAAGGUGGAUAUGGGGAAGGUGGAUACGGGGAAGGUGGAUAUGGGGAAGGUGGAUGGGGGCAAAGCAGAUGAAGGGGAGGCGGAUGGGGGGAAGGGGGAUGGGGGGAAGGCGGAUGGGGGGAAGGGGUAUGGGGGGAAGGCGGAUGGGGGGAAGGGGGAUGCGGGGACAGAACAUGAGGGAAAAGCACCUGAGGGAGAGGCGCCUGAGGAAAAGGCACCUGAGGAGAAGGCACCUGAGCGGAAGGCACCUGAGGGGAAGGAAUCCGAAGGAAAGGUGUCUGAGAGAAAGGCACCUGAGGCAAAGGCACCUGAGGAGAAGGCACCUGAGGUGAAAGCACCUAAGGAGGUGAAAGCACCUGAGGAGAAAGCACCUGAGGAGAAGGCACCUGAGGAGAAGGCACCUGAGGAAAAAGCACCUGAGGAGAAGGCACCUGAGGAGGAGUAG